AGCCGUCGCCGCCGCAAGCACUUACAGACUGCUGCGCCCCCCUGGAUCCGCGCGGCUCCCGUGCCGCCGCAGACGCACCAUGGCCGCGGGCUACACCGAGAUGUCCGACAAUCCGCUCGUGAAGGAGGCAUCGCAGCAGGCCCGGCUGGGCUUCGUGCGGAAGGUCUACGGCAUCACCGGUGCGCAGCUGCUGCUGACUGCCGCGAUCUCCACGCCGGUAAGCAUCAACCUUGACAAGAUGGACCCAGCAUCGGUGAGCACUGUCCUCAUGUUCUCCAGCGUGAUGACGCUUGUCACCAUGUUCUCGCUGGUUUGCUGCCCCGAGAUGGCGAGGAAGGUGCCGCAGAAUUACAUCCUCCUCUUCAUCUUCACCGCGUUCGAGGGCGUCCUGGUCGGCGCUGUCUGCUCCACCUACUCGACCCAGGCCGUGGUGGCAGCGCUGCUCGCCACGUCGAUCGUCGUGAUCGGCCUCACGCUCUACGCGUGGAACACGAAGAGCGACUUCACGGGGUGCGGCCCCUACCUCGUGGCGAUGCUGCUGGCGCUGAUCGGCUGCCAGCUCGUGAUCUGGCUCGUGUGCAUGUUCGGGAGCUGUCCGCCCGAAGUGCAGAAGCUCUACGCUCCGGGGCCGGGAAGUCUGCACAGCGGAGUCCACCCCGUGCUCCACGUCUCUUGCUCGUUCUCCUCCUGGUCCUCCUCCUCCGCUUGCUGUGCUCCUCUUACUUAUCCUCUACCUGCUGCGGCUCCACCUUAUCCUUGUCCUUCUACUCCUGAUUAUCAUGAUCAACUUGCGGUCUGGGGGCCGUUUCGCACGUAGCAC